CCCCGGCCACCCGGGCCACCCCGGCUACCGCCCCCGGCAGAGGCAGAGCAGCCGCAAUGAGGGCCACGCUGUCCCUGCUCUGCGCCACCUGGCUGCUGGUGUUCCCGGGCCUCCCCGCCGCUGAGCUGCAGCUGAGCACCUUAGAGAAUUUUCACUUUAAGUCAUGGAUGAUGCAGCAUCAAAAGGAAUACAGCACAAAGGAGUACCACCACAGGCAGCAGAUAUUUGCCAGCAACUGGAGGAAGAUCAAUGCCCACAACAAGGGGAACCACACAUUUAAAAUGGCACUGAAUCAAUUUUCAGACAUGAGCUUUGAUGAAAUAAAACGUAAAUAUCUUUGGUCAGAGCCCCAGAAUUGCUCAGCCACCAAAAGUAACUACUUUCGGGGUACUGGUCCCUACCCAACCUCCGUGGACUGGCGGAAAAAAGGAAAUUUUGUCUCAGCGGUGAAAAAUCAGGGUGCCUGCGGCAGUUGCUGGACCUUCUCCACCACAGGGGCCCUGGAGUCAGCCGUGGCCAUUGCCAGUGGGAAGAUGCUGUCUCUGGCCGAGCAGCAGCUGGUGGACUGUGCCCAAGACUUCAACAAUCACGGCUGCCAAGGGGGUCUCCCCAGCCAGGCCUUCGAGUACAUCCUGUACAACAAGGGCAUCAUGGGCGAAGACACCUACCCCUACGAGGGCAAGGACGGUCAUUGCAGGUUCCAGCCCCAGAAGGCCAUUGCGUUUGUCAAAGACAUUGUGAACAUCACGCUCAAUGAUGAGGAGGCCAUGGUGGAGGCAGUAGCCCUGUACAACCCUGUGAGCUUUGCCUAUGAGGUGACCGAAGACUUCAUGUCAUACAAAAGAGGAAUCUACUCCAGCAUCCCUGCAAUGGCAGCACUCUCCAGGGCUUGUGCUCAGCUCUCUUCCUAGUUCUCAGAUGCUUCGCAGAUGGAUGCCUGCCGAGAGCUUCCAAAGCCCACCAGGCCUCUGCCACCUCACCCUGGAUGGCCCUGGAAACCUCAGUCCUGCGCCUCUCCCCCACCCCCACCCUCCCUUGCCAUGUCCGUGUCCAGGUUAACAGGGUCACCUCCAGGCUGUUGCACAAGGGGAGCCAGAGCCCAGCGGGGGCCGCCUCUCUUCCCCGGCCCUGCCUCCUGGUUAUGUGCUCACGCCUGCACUCUCCUCCAGCUGCCUCCUUCCUGCUUGUCCUGAACUUUCCCCCAGCACAGCGGGUAGCCAGAGCCCACUUCCAGACACACACCUCUGGCCACACUAAUGUUCAAACCCUGGGGCCAGCCAGACUGGGGACCCUAGUGACCCGGCCCCCUCCUUUCCCCAUGCUCUUCUGCAUCAGACCCUUCUCUGUCUCCUCCAGUCCCACCCUGCAGCCUGCACCCCAACCACAUGGAAGGGUCUGUGGUCUCUUAGUGUCCCCUGCCCCUCACCUCACUGGGUUGGGGCUCCCACACCCUCCCACUACCCAGCCCCCAGCCUGCUGCACAGAGGUGGCACUUUGCCCAUCAGUUCACUGCCAAAAGAGCCUUCCCAAGGACAGGAGAGAGGUGCCCACUGAGCACCCCCUGGCACCUUGCCCAUGCUAAGCCCAGGUUGGUGGAAUCCACACGUGACCCCUGCAUUGGGUCCUCCUGGCUUCCUGGGAUUUCCUCCAGGAAGCUACUUGACUGCCCCCAAUGAAGAGCCUGCACAUUUGCCAUAAAUACAAGGUGACCUUUACGGAGAGCCCAGGAAUUAGUCAUAUAGGGGGGAAAGAUGUAACUCCCAAUCCUGCUAGGUAUCCAAAACAUGAGCUUGUGUUCUCUAAAAUCAAAAAAUGAAUUCUAGGAACAACAGAGGUUAAGAGUAGGAAAAUUUAUUGAGAGAAAAAAACCUUGUUGAGAGACAAAAGGGGGACUGGAAAGUGGGUUGCCCGCUCACCCAACUUCUCAAAGGCAUUUUAUGGGACAAAGCUAUGAGGUGAGACAGGUUCAAGGUGGGACAAAACCAUGGUCAACUAGUAAGAUUACAAGUGCAGUCACUUAGAUAAUAUUGAUCCAAUGAGAAAUCACAAGGUGGACAAAACUAUCAACAACCAAUAAGGUUAUGACAGUAUAGUUGCUUAGGUAAUACUGAUUAAAUGGGGAUCCAAUGGGGGAACAAUUCAUAUAGCAAGCAGACAAGGAAUGAGCAAGGAUUUUCAGUGGUAAGGUGUGGGUCAGGGAUCUUUCCUAGAAGAUCUUGGUCCCCCACCCAGAUGACUGAUACCUAUUUACAAUAUCAAUCACUCCUAUUUAUCCUACAAGGGUGUGGUAGUUUCUUCUUUUACAAUGGUGGCCUUCAGUGAAUGUCUUGAUUGUCCUCCAUGUUGUCUCCUUGACUGUCCUCCAUAUUGGCUCCUCUUGGGCUGGCCCAGUCUAACUGCCUACAAGAUAUCUAAUUAACUGGGGCUGGGGAUUUAGCUCAGUGGUUCUGCAGCCUGCCUUGCAAGGACAAGGACCCGAGUUCGAUUCCCGGUACCAAAAAAAAAAAAGAUAUCUAAUUAACUUACCUAUCUGCAAUACUAGCACAGCGGUGUGGACUGCAGGUAUGUAGCAGGAGGCGCCCCUCUGUGGGGAGGCUGGAGGCAUUCAGCACCACAGUGACUUCCCACACCAGGACACACUGAAAGUACCAAGAACAAAAGUAACAGCUCUUUACCACUGAUCUGCUCUACCCCCAUGUGGACAUGUGGCUCCAAAGCCCUCCAUGGCUGUUUUCUUUCCAUAUUACCAAUAUUUU